AUGAUCCAGUCAGGGAACACUCUCCCGGCCCGUGCCGGGGCCGCACGGGCAGAUGGAUCGUUGGAUGAAGCAACGGCUGUCGCCGUGAUCGGCAUGGCCUGUCGCUUUCCCGACGCCGACUCGAUCGAGGAAUUUUGGGAAUUGCUCAGCGCCGGCAAGUCGGCCGUGCGGGCGCUCCCCACGCAUCGCUUCAAGCCGUCGGACUUGACCCGCGAGCCCAGGGACGCCGGCUACCACGGCAACUUUCUCCGAAACCCCGACCAUUACGAUCACCGCUUCUUCGGCAUGUCGGGUCGCGAGGCGAAGAACAUGGACCCUCAGCAGCGGCUGGUCUUGCAGGUGGCGUACGAGACUCUGGAGUCGGCCGGAUACUUUGGCGUUAACACGCCGCACGCCGAGCGCGACGUCGGCUGCUACUUGGGCGUAGGCGCCGUCGAUUACCAAGACAAUGUAGCAUCCCACGACGCCAAUGCUUUCUCAGCCUUGGGGACGCUCCGCGCCUUUGUCAGCGGCCGCAUCAGCCAUUACUUUGGAUGGAGCGGCCCUUCAAUAACGUACGAUACGGCCUGCUCAUCGGGUGCUGUGGCCAUCCACUCCGCCGUCAACGCCAUCCGAAGCGGCGAAUGUGCAAUGGCCCUGGCAGGUGGCGUCAACGUCAUUACGAGCCCGGCCCUGUGGCAGAAUCUGGCGGCAGCCUCCUUUCUCAGUCCGACGGGCGCUUCCAGGGCCUUCGACGCCAGCGCCGACGGGUACUGCCGGGGCGAAGGGGCUGGCCUCGUGCUGCUCAAGCCCCUUUCGCGGGCAACCGCCGACGGCGACGCGAUCCUGGCCGUCAUUACCGGCUCCGCCGUCAACCAGGGCGCAAACUGCACGCCCAUCACCGUCCCCCACUCGGACUCACAGAGCGCCUUGUACAAGAAGGCCCUGUCCCAGGCGGGCACCGAUCCCCAAGACGUGACGUUUGUCGAGGCGCACGGUACAGGCACGCCGGUGGGUGACCCCAUCGAGGUCGAGAGCAUCCGUAAGACCUUCGGAGGGCCCAAUCGCGUGCACGAGCUGUUCCUGGGCUCGGUCAAGGACAACAUCGGACACACCGAAGCGGCCUCGGGCGCUGCGGCCCUGAUCAAGACCGUCUUGAUGAUGCAAAAGCGAGCCGUGCCCAAGCAGGCCAACUUCAAGCGGCUCAACCCCAAGAUCCCUGCUCUUGAACCGGACCGCAUAACCAUCCCCACGGCGACGCAACCGUGGACCAUUCCCCGACCCAUCGCCCUCGUCAACAACUACGGCGCCGCCGGCAGCAACGCCGCUCUCGUUGUGCAGUACCAUGGUGCCCCCGCCGUUGCUAGCCUUGGCUUGCGCAACGCUGCGCUGCCUUUCUUCAUCUCAGCCAAGACGCCCGAGAGCCUGCUCGGGUACUGCACCGUGCUGAAAGCCGCCGUUUCCAGGAUGCAAAAAGGCCACGCGUCGCUCGCUUAUAACCUCUCGGUGAAGCAGAACCGCAGCUUCGACUACAACUACACCUUCAUUGCAUCGUCGCUCGACCAGGUGGCAGCCGCCCUGGACCGGGCUCAGGUGACCCGCGUGGAAGCAAAGCGAAGCGUCGUGCUCUGUCUCGGCGACCAAGACGGUCGGGCCGUCGGGCUCGACGAGGCCUUGUUCCAGAACAGCAAGCUGCUGCAAAAACACCUCGGCGACUGUGAACGGGCCUGCCAAGCGCUGCGUCUUCCCAGCCUAUUUCCCGCCAUCUUCGGCCCGGCGCCAGCCCAAGACCUGGUCACCCUGCACAGCCGCCUCUUCUCGCUGCAGUACUCGAGCGCAAAGGCAUGGCUGGACUGCGGUCUCACAGUCGACACUAUCGUCGGUCAAGGCUUCGGCCUACUCACUGCCCUGGCCGUCGCCGGCGUCCUUUCGGUACCGGACGCGCUGCGGUUUAUCUCGUCGCGCGCUCGUCUGAUCCAAUCUUCCCUGGGCCAGGACUCGGGCGCCGCGUUGACCGGGCAGGGCAACCAGUGGCUUGGAAGCGGCCUUCUGGAGAGCAUCGCUCCCGGCCUGCGCCAAGUGGCAGCCACUCUGGAGUACAGGCAGCCCUCUAUUCCCAUCGAGGCUCCCUCCAUGGUAGACGCCGAGACCCUGGUUCAAUACAGCCGAAUGUCCGAUCACUUCGAGGACGCAAUUCAGAGAAUCGUGAGGCGGCUGGGACCGUGCGUGUUCCUCGAGGCCGGCUCGGCGUCGCCCAUAGUUUCCCUGGCGCAAAGGGCGUUGGCGACGAAUGCCGACGGCAAGCAUCUCUUCCAAUCCAUCGACAUCAGGUCACCGGGGGCUGGUGUCAGGCUGGCGGAGGCCGUGGCUAGAUUGUGGGCGGCCGGAGUCAGGGUCCAGUACUGGCCCUUCCACCGGAUUCAAAAGAACGACUUUUCAUGGAUCAAUCUGCCGCCGUACCAGUUCCAGAAGAACUCGUUCUGGAUUGACUAUGUUGCGCCCAAAACGGCCUCGACGUUGGGCACAGCGCCUACCACACCGCUCUUAGAGCCUUUUGAGAGCGGAGAGGAAGGGGCCGUCACCUUCCUCCUCCACACCACGCACGAAGUGUUCAGGCACUGUACCCAAGGCCACGCAGUGCUGGGUCAGAGCCUGUGCCCGGCGUCCAUGUACGUCGAGACGGCGCUCCGUGCGGCAGAGCUGCUCCGCGAAAGUCCCGUUCAAUCAUCUGCGUCGGUGAAAGACCUCCGCAUCUCGUCGCCCCUGACGGUGGGCACGACCCGGACGGUGCUGGUGCAGCUGACGCCCAAGAGCAGCGUGGAAUGGGCCUUUACGGUUUUGAGUCGUGCUCAGCCAGACGCCACAGCAUCGAUCGAGCACGCUUCCGGCGUCAUCGACGUGGGGCCUGAUCCGCGGCGCGUUCAGUUCCUGCGGCGCCUGGUUGGUCCCGCCAAGUGCGAUGAGCUUGCUCACUCCAGCGGCGUCAAGUCGCUCAGCGGCGCCGACAUCUACCAGGUCUUCGGCCAGGUUGUCGACUAUGCGUCUUACUACCGAGGAGUUGAUCGGAUCGUCUCCAAAGUCAGCGAGGCCGCGGCCAAGGUCCGGGCACCCGCACGUCACCCCAUCAUGAACGAGGCCAGCUGCGACCCCAUCACACUCGACAACUUCUUGCAGGUUGCGGGAAUUCACGUCAACUGUCUCUCGGAGAGGAGCGCCAACGAGGUGUUUGUCUGCACAGAACUCGGCGAGCUGUUCCUCACUGACGGCUUCUUGGCGAACCGGCGAGAGGCGCGACUCUACAAGGUGUAUUCCUCCUCCACCACUCAGACCGCCAAGUCAAUCGUCAACGACAUCUUGAUUUUUGACUCUGAGACCGGCGACCUGGUUGUCGUGUUUUCGGGUGCUAUUUUCCAGGCCGUUUCCACCAAAUCUCUGGAAAAGACGCUGAGGAAGCUGAACAGUGACGUCGACUCCACCGAGUUGUCCGAAGAGCAUUCUGUUCCCAGCGCGCCUGACGUGGUGGAUUCCAAGCCUCAGCAAGACCAGGAGCUCGCACAACCUACGGUCAAUGGGAUUUCCACGGCCACUGUCGAGCCUGAAGAUGGCAGCGCGCUGCCCCGGGUCUGCGAGCUGUUCAGCCAGGUCAUCGAGAUUCCCAUCGAGGAUGUCAAGCCAACUUCAUCCCUGGAGGAACUCGGAGUUGAUUCGCUUAUGAGCACUGAGGUCUUGAACGAGAUCAAGAAACAGUUCCACGUGGUGAUCCCGGCCGACGUAUUCCUCUCCCUGGGCGACAUCCAGUCAGUUGCCCAGUUCCUCAGCCAUCGUGGGCCUCCUGUGGCCACAGCGCAGCAGAAGCCUCAACCGCGAUUGUCGGGAACUAGCCAAACUGUGAAUGGUUCAGCCCAGAACCCAGCUCCCGCUGCCGAGACUAGGCAUAUUCCGACCUACGAGGCCGUGGUCGACGAGCCUCUAGUUAACCCUAGCAUUGUCUCCUCAAACGCCCCCGAGAUCUUGGCCAACAGCGAGACGAAGUCCGGCAUCAGCAUCUUGAGCGAAGAGCUUCCCGACCUCCCCGAUGUUCUGGCCGCCGCGCUACGCUGUCAAGCCUCCGGUGCCGAGCCUAAGUCCUUCGCUGCAAUCGCCCACAGCAGCUUCGUACAGGUCCAAAGAGACAUUGAGCCUAUCCAAGAACAGCUCAAGUUUGCUGGGUUCUACUCUGCAGUCUACCCAGCCCAGAUGGAGUUGAUUGUCCGAUACAUCGUCGAAGCGUUUGGCGCCAUGGGCUGCUCACUGGACGCACUCAAGCCGGGCGACCGCGUCCCCGACAUCUCUGUGCUUGCCCAACACGGCAAGGUCAAGCGCCAGCUCUACCACAUUCUUGAGGUGGAGGGCAUCGUCGAACAAGACGCGGCGGGCGGUUUCAUCAGGACAGCAACCGCGGUUCCAGGACGCCCCUCUGAACAGCUCCUGCAAGAGAUCCUGGCAAAGUUUCCGCAACACACAUUCGAGUACAAGCUGCUGGCCUCGACGGGCUCGAAGCUGGCCGAGUGUUUGACUGGCAGGGCCAAUCCCUUGGAGAUUCUCUUUGGCAGCGCCCAGGCCAGGACGCUGAUGGAGGACGUCUACACGUACGCGCCCAUGUUGGAGGCCGGCACCGUGAACCUGGGCCGCUACCUCGUCAAGGUGUUUGAGAACUUCACGGAGAGCCGCCCAAUCCGCAUCCUCGAGAUUGGCGCCGGCACCGGCGGAACGACCAAGCACCUGAUCGAGCAGUUGGUUGCGACGCGCAAGAGAUUCGAGUACACCUUUUCCGAUCUCUCUUCGUCCCUGGUCGCGGCCGCGAAGAAGAAGUUCGCGCAACACGACUUCAUGCGGUACGCCAUCUUCAACGUCGAGCAGGAACCCACCUCCCAGUUUGCCCACCAGUACGACAUCAUCAUUUCGAGCAACUGCAUCCACGCCACCAAGAAUCUGACACAGACCUGUUCCAACAUUAACAAGUGUCUCCAGCCGGAUGGCGUGCUCUGCCUGGUUGAGCUGACCCGCAAUUUGUACUGGUUCGACCUCGUUUUUGGCCUGCUGGAGGGCUGGUGGCUCUUUGACGACGGCCGCCGACAUGCUUUGGCAGACGAGGGCCUUUGGCGGAAGAAUCUGAUCCAAGCGGGCUUUCGCUGGAUUGACUGGACCGUCGGCACUUCACGCGAGUCCAACGUCCUGCGCGUCAUCACGGCCUCACCCGCCCAGGUCGAGGGUGCCAGCGAACCGGUCACCAUGGAGACGGUCACGUUCAAGCAAGAAGGUAGCGUCGCGCUUCAGGCAGACCUGUACUAUCCACAGGAGUCCGGCAACGGCAACAAGGCCCGACCGAUCGCCCUCAUGAUUCACGGCGGUGGUCAUGUCAUGUUGUCUCGCCGCGACAUUCGUCCUCCGCAGACCGAAAUGCUUCUUGCAGCGGGCUUCCUCCCUGUCAGCGUCGACUACCGCCUGGCACCGGAAGUUACCUUGGUCGAUGGCCCAAUGCGGGACGUCUGCGACGCGCUGGCCUGGGCACGGGAUACUCUGCCUCAUCUGUCGCUCAAACGCCCGGACAUUCGCGCGGACGGCACCCAGGUCGUCGCCGUGGGCUGGUCCACGGGCGGCCACCUUGCGCUCACGCUGGGCUUCACUGCGCCGGCGCGGGGCAUUCGGCCGCCGGAAGCGACGCUGGCGUUCUACUGCCCGACCGACUACGAGGAUCCUUUCUGGACGCGGCCAAAUCUCCCGUUCGGGUCCAGAGCGCAGCUCGGGGAGUAUGACCUGCUCGAGGGCGUCAGCGCCACUGGCCCCAUCACAGCCUACAAUCCUCCCAAGCGUGCCCUCGGCGGAUGGAUGAGUCCCAGCGACCCGCGCUCGCGCAUCGCGCUCCAUAUGAACUGGACGGGCCGGUCGCUUCGCGUUCUGCUAAACGGCUUGUCACGCCAUGGCCACAGCAUCGGCCACGGCGACCCCACCGACACGCUGCCUGAACCAAGCCCAGAGCAGGUGCGGGCUGUGAGCCCUCUGGCGCAGAUUCGACGCGGCAACUACAAGGUGCCGACCUUUCUCAUCCACGGGACCAAGGACGACCUGAUCCCGUGGCAACAGGCGCUGCGGACGCAUGAGGCACUCCGGCAGGCAAACGUAGAAGCCGAGAUCCGCAUCUUGGACGGCGCGUUGCAUCUUUUCGACAUGUUCCGGACAUACGAGGGCGACAGCAAUGCGAAGGCGGCCGUUCGCGAGGGGUACGAGUUUCUGAGCAAACACGUGCGAUUUUCGCAGUGA